CGUCUGGUUCGCGUUGGUUCAAUUAGCCCUUCGUGUUUUAUAUUUAAAUUAAGACUGCGUUUACUUAUGUCAUUUCGUACACAUUACUGCUACAUAUUGCUAUCGGUUUGAUUCAAUAUUGACGACAUGAAUAACAACUCUACUGCUGCAGAAUUUUGCUCAGGUGAUUCGAACACGGCCGCUGCAUUAAAGAUCGUGAAUUCGAAACCCAAGAUCACGAUCAUGGCAAGUGCUGCAGGAAGCAUAACGGCUUCCAGGGCAGCGAUGAAUCAGGCAUUGAUAAAAAAUCCGUUAUUGAACGAGACCGUAAAAGAAGUGUUACAGGGGUACAGUUGGAACGUUGUACCGCCUCAGACUAGACCGUCUAACAAGGAAAAAGUCACUCAUAUUAAAAGACCAAUGAAUGCCUUUAUGGUAUGGGCCCAAGCUGCUCGCCGUAUUCUUGCCAAUGAACAUCCACAGCUUCAUAACGCUGAGCUCAGUAAAACGCUUGGACAAAUAUGGAGAAAGUUGAGCGGAAAAGAUAAACUGCCAUUUAUAAACGAAGCCGAACAAUUACGAUUAAUCCAUAAACAGAAUUAUCCAGGAUAUAAGUAUCAACCUCGUAGGCGUAGGGUGAUCAAAUUAUCAUCAAAAAUGCAAGAAAAAUCACAAACUGUUAAAUUGGAAAAAAAUGAUCAGUAUCAGCAGAAUUUAAAUCACAAUAUACCUACUAUUUGUAACAGAUACAACUCGAAUUCAAUUAAACAAGAAAAUGUAAUUACUACCACUUCAUCGUCAUCCACUAGUGGUCCAUCCGGUUCGCCGCAAGCACCGUUGACUCCUCCUUGUACUCCUAAUUAUUAUCCAAACAAGCCCAAAAACAACUGUUGUAACACUUUAACAUAUAGUAACGGUUACGGCGAUACCUCGAACAACUUCAAUUCAGACAUUGGUCGCAUAGGUGAUCUACCGUCAGUGGACUGCAUCACAGCUGCCGAUCUAGUGGACAAUCCUGAAUUGGAUGACUGGGAUCCAUAUAUAUGUAGAUACCCUUCCAUGUCUAGCACUUGUGUUGAACAGGAACCGUAUUAUCACAAUGCCCAAUACCAUGAGCUACAAUCGAAUGCAGCCAUGAUGAAUAUUUCGGUUUGCCAGUCAACGUAUCAGCCAUCUUAUUUGCAGUACUGAUCAACAACUUUAAUUAAUUUUAACGAAUACCAUCUUCAUACCAUAAUUUAUACAUAGCUUCAAAAUGUAUGUUAUCCGUUUACAUAAUAAUUCAAAUUUUGGAGCUAUAUAUUAAAGUAUGUUAUGUGGAUGGUAUAAAUUAUUUAUGUUUUUUUAAUGUUAUUUUAAUUUUUUCUUAUUAAUAUUAUUUUCAUGUUAAAAGCUUCAAAGUGUAUAAAUUGAGAUGUUGAUCGAUGACAUUGUAUGCAUUUUUUGCCACGGAAAAUGCAUACCGUAUUCCUGUAACCAUAAUAACUAAAUAUUGGCAUGACUGAAUUUCAAUAAUGAGAACUAUUUUUUUUUUUUAUAAGAAUUAAAAAAAAAGAAAUCAUUAAUUUUAUCUAAUAUUUAAGUACAUAUAAUAUUAUUUUAACUAUAUACUCGAUAAUUAUGUGUUACAGUUCAUAUUUUUGUUUAUUAAAAAAAAAAAAAAAAUAUUAACAA